UCACCCACCAGAAACACGUUGAGCUAAGUUGUCAAUCAAACUGGCCCCAGCCGCUCGACAGCCGAGCCCAAGUUGUUUAUCAUAAAUUCAGGUUAUAAGUUUUAACAUUAUGGACGGGGCCGUGUUGGCUCGUUGCUCUGUAUGGUUUCAGACCGCAGGAGAACAUACUGGUUUUUAAUCUGCCAGAUCCCAGUCAGGAAGGAAGCACUUGCGCUGCAAACCUGCAGAUCUGAGCUAACCCAUUUUUAUUUAACUGCUUCACGACGCCUUUUACUGCCCUUUUGGAAAUGAGAACGACGCUAGUCCUGUUGCACGGCAUCUCAUGCUGCUGGUUGGCCAGUGCUACACUUUCAAAAACUGAUGCCAAGAAGUCGCAUAAAGCUGAGGCUGAGACAUCUCCAGCUGAGUUAUCUGUGUUGGAGAGAGGCCUCGUUGUGUCAGACCCGCACUGGAAAGACAUAGUGAAGGAGGAAAAAAGACACUGUGCUCACAUCAAGAAAACAUUUCAGGGACCUGUACUGGGAUAUGUCACACCAUGGAAUUCCCACGGCUAUGACGUUGCCAAAAUGUUUGGCUCCAAAUUGACCUCAUUGUCUCCAGUGUGGCUUCAGCUCCGCCGACGAGGACCUGAGACCUUUGACGUUACGGGACUCCAUGACCAUGACCCAGGAUGGGUCAAAGCUGUACGCAAGUCUAACAAAAAAGUCAGGAUGGUGCCUCGGCUGUUAUUUGAUGGCUGGUCUUACCAGGACUACAUGAUCGUGCUGGGGAGUGAGGAUGAGAUAGAGGAACUGGGAAGUGAGCUGGUGGAUGUUGCAAAGACUGAAGGUUUUGACGGCUUCACCUUGGAGCUGUGGAGCCAACUGGGAGGGAACAAAAGAAAGGAGCUGGUGCAUUUGGUGAAACACAUAUGUGAGGCUUUGAAGGCAAAAAGAUUAGACUGCAUUCUUGUUAUUCCACCUGCUGUCACAAGUUCGGGGCAGCCGGGUAUGUUCGGCAGGGAGGAGUUUGAACAGUUGGCUCCAGUAGUCGAUGGAUUCAGCCUCAUGACAUACGACUAUUCCAGUGGUGCCAGACCGGGCCCAAGUUCUCCCCUGCCCUGGAUAAGAGACUGUGUCCUCCAGCUUGCACCCACCACUCAGUGGAGGCAAAAGAUCCUACUGGGACUCAAUUUGUAUGGCCUUGAUUUUGCAAGUCAGGGAACAGAGCCAAUCCUGGGAGGAAGGUACAUUGAGAUUUUGCGAGAACACAGGCCCAAACUUCUCUGGGAUGAAUAUUCUGCAGAGCAUCACUUCAGUUACAAGAGGAACAAUGCUGUUAAACACGUGGUGUACUUUCCAUCACUGAAGUCAAUCUACCUGAGAGUCUCUUUAGCCACUGAGCUGGGAACUGGAAUUUCUUUAUGGGAAUUGGGACAAGGACUGGAUUAUUUCUAUGAUCUCCUAUGAGAGUUGGACUUGAUAGUGAAGACUGGGGACCUUGGAUCAUCAGCACAUUGAUUCUUUCUUUUUUUUUUUUUUUGAACAUGGUGCACCAAAAACUCAGGUGGUGUAUGCAGGUAUUUUUUUUUCUGUGUGAGCAACUGAAAUGAACUCUGAUAUGAGCCAUUGACAGGGUGUAGUUAAUACUCAACCUGUGCAGUGUCAUAAAAGUGUUGAGAAAUCUUGUUUAAAUGACUGAACUGGGAUUUGUUGAUUUAAUAGGUCCAAGCAGCAGCCAAAAGGUACUUGAGUAUGUUUUAUUCCUGUUUGUCAAUGAUGUUGUGAAAACUUGUGCAGUUCAGUCAGAGUGCAGUGACACAUCUCCAUUCAGCAACAGAAAGUGCAUGAUCAUCAGUAUGUAUAAAAUUUAAAUGAAGGGGUAUAUUCUUGUUCAGAGGCCGUCAAGAGUUCAAGUGCCACAGACAUCUGUUCAGUCUAUUUGACUCACCAUUGCUUACAAACAUUUCUGCUCUUGGACGCAGCUUUGCUCGCCGUGAAGAUUAAUCCAAUUUUCUGGCUUUAAGCAUCCACCAUCGAGAAUACAUCUGCUCCUGAUACCAAGUUUGUUUUCUUUUGGUUGUUUUUGUCAUUUUUCAAAUCUUCAAAUCAAGACAUUUGAUUGUGUGGUUUUUAUUAGAUUUAUAAUAACAGCAUUGACAAGUAAUGAAGUUGUAUUUACAGUGUUGCCAAACAUUUGUUCUGCUGCAGCAUCUUCCAGUAUUUAUCUCAGAUGAAUGUUUGUUUAAUUACAUGAAUAUAAAUGUUAAACAGAUAAGCUGA